AAGACUCUUAUAGAAAUAAGUAGCUGCGAAUUAUCGGUGUCACAACGCUGUUUCCGUUACUCGCUGCUUCGAUGACAAACAUAACCAACUUGCAAGAAAGAAACCAAAGAAGCUGCCUGAUAGCAUAAAGAAAGGAAAGCAAUAGAAUCUUGGUUCUUGAUCAGCGUAUGGUAGAGUGUGUGCAUGUGUGAGUGAGAGAGGAAGAGAGGGUGGACCUGUCGGAGACAAAGACACGGAAUAUGGAUGGAAGUAAGUAAGUUUACCGAGCCUCCUGGACAGUUUUUAUUGCUUCUUUUCUGACUCGCUGGUCAUCAUGUUGCCAGCUAAAUGUUUACGACUGGUACCGCUACAACGACGAAAUCUCAUCCCAACGUUAUUGUUCUGUGCAAUUAGUGGAAGUGUUCUGUAUUUGAACUCUUACUUAACUUUCUCUACUUUGUUCAGCGGCGACAAAAUCUACAGAAGUGGUCGCUGGUGGGUGGACAAGAUUCCGUCGUCUUUAUAUUCGUUCAAAAAUCACUCUUCCUCGAUUCACACUGAACAUCCACGUGUACGUCACUUCCCGCACUGUCUUGUGAUUGGUGCUUCGAAGGCGGGCACCAGAGCAGUGCUAGAGUUCGUUAAUAUGCAUCCACAUGUGGUAAGACCAACAAAUGAAGUUCAUUUCUUUGAUAAAAGUCACAAUUACAAAAAAGGGUACAGAUGGUAUUUGCACCAAAUGCCAGAAUCACUUCCACAUCAAAUUACAGUUGAAAAGACAGCCAUGUACUAUGCAGUGACGGAUGUACCUUCCAGGGUGCAUCAAAUGAACAGCUCUAUAAGACUUAUACUUGUCGUUAGGGAACCAUUUAGUCGGGCUUUAUCAGAUUACCUCCACAUGCGAAUUUCCUAUAACAAUCGUGGUUUGAAAUACGAGAGCUUUGAAAAUAUGGCUGUUGAUGAAAAGACGGGCAAUUUAGACCUCGACUUUUAUGCAAUCCAGCGUUCCCAAUAUCAUCAUCAUUUAUGGCGCUGGAUGGAGUAUUUUCCAUUAUCACAAAUACACAUUACAGAUGGCGACAUACUAAGGACAGAACCUUGGACCGAAAUGCAAAAAAUUCAGACCUUCCUUGGACUCCAGGAGUUUUACAAUAGCAGCCUUUUCUACUUUGAGAAAUCCAGGAAGUUUUAUUGUAUUAACAGAGAAACAAUUGCAUGCUUACAUAAAUCCAAAGGAAGAAAGCAUCCUACCGUUGAUAAGACUGUAGUCGAAAAGCUUCGUGCUUAUUUCAGAAAAGAAAACGAAAAGUUUUUCAAUUUAACUGGACGAAGAUUUCCAUGGUAAACUGUGCAAACGCUUUAUAAAACAGAGCAGAUGCGAUAAAACGUUGUAAGGUAUCUAUCUACCUUAUAUAAUAUAUUAAAUUUGCUUACUUUUAAAGGUGGCCCGGUGAUUUUUUUCUCCACUGUACUGAUGAAGCAGUAAUUCAUGAAUAAUUUUUGGAGUGAUGGAAAAGAAUCUCAAAACCAAAUCAAGAUUUUCCAGAAAUUCAGGCAAACAUUCUCUUUCUGUUAAACUAAUCUUUCAGAUGACUGAAUUAGAGAGAAUUACAAUUACCUAAACUGUUGCACCAAACUAUCAUUGAACUAAAGUCUCAAUGACUGAACUCGUAAUCCAUACAUUUGAAUCAAACAUUUUCAUACCUCAAAUAGACAGAUAAAUUUGUAUAUUACAAACAAAAUAUACAACAAACUCCUAAUCAAAGAAGUGCAUCAACAGAGAAAAGAAAAGUUCAAACUAUUAAACCAUAUAUCUUCAAUGAAAUAUUUUUAUGAUGGCAGUAACCUAGCAUGGUCAUAGAUCACUAGCCAAGGCCAGCAAAAGAGUGAAUUUGAUCAGAUAACAAUUUUUAUUUCAUCUGAUCAAUUUCAGAAAUCAGCCAUGAUCAUUUGUGCUGAAACGAAAAACUUAGACAACAAAGCUACAUGUCUCUUCACCAAGCACCAAAAAAAAUAUAUAUUUGAGAGACAAAUCCACAAUGUGCUUUCGCUUUUUGCUUUGCCUUUCAUGUAUGUCAAUGCUUUUAGGAAAAAUAUGAACAGCACAGCUUUCCAUUUCUUAUCCCCCUUAAAAAAAAAGAAAAUGGUUUUGUAGAAUAAAAAGUUUUCACAGCAACAAACAAGCUGAAUAAAACAUUUUGACUCACACCAUCGCAUUCAUGACAAAUUAUUUUUUCUUCAAUGAAUUUAAAGACUGUCUUUUUAGAUAUUUCUUGAUUGGAAAAUUUAUCUACUUUUACAAACUAAUUGUGAAAUAUCAAAACUUUGGUGAUUAAAGACUGAUUUAUUUUCAUUA